AUGUUACUCCAGUAUGAAACUGAUGGCAUGUGGACUGGACUUCAUAUUGUUGAUUUAUGUGCUGGAUUCAUCGACAUGAUGAAAUUUGCCGUUUUUCUGGCAAAACUGGGAAACAUUGCAGGCUAUCAACAGUUGAUUGUACCAACUUUGGAUGCAUCAGAAGAAAUACAAUCGAAUUCUGAAGAUGAAGAAGGAUCAUUCGAGGAUUUUGAAGGCGAUGAAUUGGAUGAGAGCAAUUCCGUUGGCCAAAUGAACCCACGCCCCCGAUUCAGUCUGUUCGAGGAUUACGCAAGGAUGAACGUGACUCAGCAAUAUAUGGAGCUCACUCACAUCAGCGCUCACGCGGCCAGCUUCCACCUGGCAAAAAUCAUAGGCUUCUCAUCUACGGCGUCAUUCUUCAAGAACAACCUCUGCAGCAAGCACCGCAUCAGGAUGCUUAUGACGUCGACCUGUACAUUGCUUUUGAAGAUUCUGGUCUUUACCUCCAAUUUAUGGACGCUCUUCGCACCCGAGGUUAUGUUCUCGUUCCUUGAGUGUCUUGUCACAAAUGAUGCUCAUCUCAUCAAGAAUCGGCUGAGAAAAAUGUUAACGUUUAUU